CAAAACCUGAUUCACAAGUAAACACCCUCCAAAUAAAAAGAGAAUCAACAGUGACUUCAUGAAUCAACUCUCCGACCCACCUUCUCCACAUUCCCUCCAAUCUCUCUCCUAUGACUAUAAAAGGCACCCUCUUAUAUCUCCACGAUAUCGUACUCGUUCAAGCAAGCAUAAUCAUCAUCAUCAUCAUCAAGACUCAAGAGAGAGAGAAAAUGUCGGACUGGGGACCGGUGCUAGUGACGGUGAUACUCUUCGUGAUGCUCACGCCAGGGCUUCUGUUUCAGUUGCCUGGACGGCAAAGAUACGUUGAGUUCGGUAAUUUUCAGACAAGCGCUGUAUCAGUUAUCGUCCAUUCUCUUCUCUACUUCUCCCUUGUCUGCGUCUUCCUUCUCGCACUCAAGAUUCACAUCUACAUCGGCUAGUUUCAACUCCGUUGCUAAUGUUAUCUUUUCCAAGUUUUCUCUUCAACUUUUUUAACCUUAACUAUCAUUUAUAUCCAAUAUUUUAAUCUCCAAAUUAAUGUACCUUUUGUUUGGACUAUCAUUUAUAUGGUCCAUUAACACUUUCUAUCGGACCCAUUUGUUUUAAUUUAUGUGUUUACCUUUUC